AUGCUAUUCUACAUUCCUUCAUGCAGCAUGUUGAAGGGCAAUUUGACCGUCAGCAGUCAUGAAGCUGAUGAUCCUCUAAUUUUGAUAGAACAAGGGUUAAUAUUUUUAAAAUUUAUAGAUAGACACUAUCAAAGAAAAGUUGAUGAUAUUGAAAACAAUCACAGAAAACUGAUGUCACUUGUAAAUACAUUGUAUAUUUUUGGAUUUACCAGGAGGUAG